AUGGGUUUGAAAUUCGAAUGCGCUGUCACGAUUCGUGUCAUUCUAGAAAUAUGUCAGAUGUCAAAAAGUGAAUACGUGAUACAAGGCGAUCUUCCUGGAGACCUUGUAAGCACUGAGGAGUCCCGAUUCGAUCUUCUGGAGGAGGCUCUGCAGCUGGUUGAACUUGGUGACGAAGCUGAGACCAAGGAUGAACAGCCUGAGGCGGUAGAAGGGAGUAGCAGUGGAGGGGGCGAGAUGUUGCAUCCGGCGAUGCGGCACAUGCCGCAUCACCCACUCGCACAUUAUCAUAACCAGGUAUGUUUAUAA